UCUGUCAAAUUUACUAAGUUGUGUUUGUUUUCCCAAAUAUUUCGUCAAAUUUCACUUGAAAAUGGGCAUUCCCAAUUGCUUGGAAAACAUAAACAUACCGUCGUGUGUGUGGUUCGAGGGUGGCGACAAACGUAACGCCUAUGCGUCGAUGUUGUCCGGUUUAUUGUUCUUCGCAGGAUGGUGGACUAUAAUUGAUGCAGCCAGUGUAAAUAGUGGUAAAGUAUUAGCUGGACAUCACAUGUGUGGAGUGUUUGGUACACUGUCUUUGAUUAUGGUUAAUUCAGUGUCCAAUGCUCAGAUUCGCGAUAAUGCGUACGGGGACAGAUGUCUGGGACCAAAGGAAGCUAGGAUUUGGUUGUUCUUAGGAUUUGUUAUGGGAUUUGCCUCUGUCAUUGCCUCCUGUUGGAUUCUGUUUGCAGAGUUUAUCAACUCUGAUAACAGAUGGCCAGGUGUUGCAUUGUUCUUACAAAAUGCUCUAAUCUUUAUUGCAUCAAUCAUAUACAAAUUUGGAAGAUCUGAAGACUUGUGGGGUUAAAGGCAUAAAUGUGAUAAUUAAUACACAGUUUUAACAAUGUUUAUAGGUUGUAAUAAUAUAUUUAUUAAGUCAUUAAUUUAGGAAAUAAGUUUUCACCAGAACUUCAUUUAGUUGUAUCAUAAGCAAGUAAUAUCUGAUUGGAAGAGUGUUUCAGUUUAAAAACAUUUUAAAGUAUGACAAUGUGAUUAAAGCUGAAAAGCAAGUUCAAAUUAACAGUUUAGUGAUGAAAUAAGCCUUAAUUUUAUUUAAUAUUAUUUAAAUAUUUUUAAAAGUA